CCUAUCCGCACCGCAUAAAUCCCAAACCAAAACAACACUGCCAGCAGCAGCAGAGUGAGCGCCCCCGCCGCACUAAUCUCGCUCGAAUCCAUCAGCCAUGGCCAUGGCGGCCGCGAGCAUCGGCGGCGCACUGGGCUUCCUCGCCCCGCGCCGUCGCGGCGUGUCCUUCGCUGCGGCGGCAGGUCGUAGGAGGCCGUCGCUGGCGGUGGUGCGCGCGGCGUCGUACGAGGCGGGCGUCGGGGUGAUGGCGACCAAGGUGGGGAUGAUGACCUACUUCGACCCGGAAAACGGGAAGCCGGUGCCGGUGACGGUGGUCGGGUUCAGGGAGGGGGGCAACGUGGUGACGCAGGUGAAGACCGCCGCCACCGACGGCUACGACGCCGUGCAGGUCGGGUACCACGGCGUGCGCGAGGACAAGCUCACCCGCCCGGAGCUGGGCCACCUCGGCAAGGCCAGCGCGCCGCCGCUGCGGCACCUGCAGGAGUUCCGCCUGGUGGCCGUCGACGCCUUCGACCCCGGCCAGGCGCUCGAGUUCAACGAGCUCUUCAAGGAGGGCGACCUCGUCGACGUCUCCGCCAAAUCCAUCGGAAAGGGAUUCCAAGGUGGAAUUAAGAGGCACAACUUCAAGCGUGGUCUGAUGACUCACGGUUCCAAGAGCCACAGAGCCCUAGGUUCGAUCGGUGCGGGGACAACCCCAGGGCGGGUGUACAAGGGGAAGAAGAUGCCCGGGAGGAUGGGCGGAACCAAGACCAAGAUCAGGAAGCUCAAGAUUGUCAGGAUCGACAAUGAUCUCAAAGUUGUGAUGAUCAAGGGAGCCAUUCCCGGGAAGCAGGGGAACCUUCUCCGCAUCACGCCAGCGAAGAUUGUCGGCAAGAACAUCCCCAAGAGCUAGAUCUGUGCUGUGUUUCAUCUUGUAAGAGUUCAUUUGUUUCCUUUUCCAUGUCUGGCUAUGUUGUAUUUCUAGGUCCAGGUUUUGUAUACAUGUUCAGUUCGCUAAAGCUAAUCUUUGGACACAAGUGCAUUCUCCUCCAUGUUGUCAACCACUUCUUCACCUUCUUUUGGACUCGAAACGAAGCAGAUUCUCUCUAU